UGCCAGUGGUGCUGCAAAUGGAUAUGUUUUGACUCAUCAGACUAUGGGAUCAAAUGUUCAAACAAGGGAUGCUGAAGCGACUGAAGAUAUGUGUACAAAUUCUGUGAAAGUUUCAUCUCCCAUAAUCCCAAAACAUUCCACUAAUAAUAAUGAGCCUGGUAACUCAGACAGUGACAAGACUGUUAAUGUUGUGGUGACUGUAGCUAACACUCCUGUAGAAAUUCCUUGGAAGGGGAAAAGAUCAUGGAAUUCUACUGCUAAGGGUGACUCAUCGUCUGAUCACAAUCAAGAUCAUCAGUCAUCCAUGAAUAGCACCGAAUGUAGUCUAUCCCCCAGACUUUCUCAGUCAGUAGAAGAUGAAAAGAUGUGGGAAACUGGUAAUGAAGGUAACAUCUCGAUCACUUCCUCCAAAUCACUUUCUGCAAUCUCCAGCAAUAAAGGCACUCCAACCCGCAGCAAUCCAUUUAACCGAGAAUUACUUGUGGAUGAGGACCAUUUUUCUGACACAUUUGACAAUUAUUUUAAGGCAGAGAGGAAGUCCACAGGCAGCACCAAGUCUUCCUCUAUGUCUCAUGGCAGAGAAUGGUGGCAUGAAACUGUUCAACCCGAAGUUUCCUUUGCUGAGCUGGGUCUGUCAGAGGACCACUUCUCUCAUCCUCAGGGUCACUUUGGCCUGAGUGAUGUGGAGGAGCUGGAACUGGCAAUUGACAACUGCAAGGAACUGAUCCGGGAGGCAGCACAGGGCUCUGACAAGCAGAAGAACUUGGUGCUCAAACUCGUCCAGCUUAGGAUCAAGCUCCAGGAGAUCAAGGAGGGUCCAGAGCCCGUUGCGGAAAAUGUGAAGGUCAUCCUGUCCCAUAAAAUGAUGCUGAAGUCGAGCCGCACAAGCAAGUACUACUGUGAGAAAUGCAAUGGCUCCAUAUGGGGGAUGCUGCAGGCUUGGUAUAGAUGCACUGAAUGUGGGUAUCGCUGUCAUGAAAAGUGUUUACAACAAAUUCUCAGAACGUGUGCUAAAGCAAGGGUGUUACAAAACCCAACCCUCAUCAUGGACCUGUGUCCGAGAGAGCCGAAUGGUCUUGCCAGUCAGAGCUAUCGAUGUGGGGAGUGCCGGUCAGCCAUUUCUUUCAAAUCAGGCAUGAGUGAGCCUCGUAUGUGUGACUACUCUGGCCGCUACUACUGUGAGUAUUGUCAUUGGAAUGACUCCUUUGUGAUCCCAGCGCGUGUACUGCACAACUGGGAUUUCACUGGACACAAGGUUUGCCGUGCAUCCAAACAGUUCCUGAAGCUUAUGCAGCACAAAGCCGUCAUCCGAAUCCAGGAUAUCAACCCUAUGCUUUUUGUCUAUGUGGAUCAGCUCAACGAGAUCAAGAAACUUCGUGAGGAGAUGAUGAUCAUGAAGAAGUACAUCCUGUCUUGCCCAAGCGCUAUGGCUGCCAAGCUUCUGCUGUUGCUGGCAAAACGCCAGCAUUUUGUGGAGUGUUCAGACAGAUACUCCAUGCAGGACUUGCUGGAUGCAGAGGACGUAUUGGUACCAGAGCUGGUUAAUGUCCACAGCACCUGGGCACAGCACAUCAAGGUGGACUGUGAGCUCUGUCAAGGUCGUGGCUUCUGCUGUGAGCUGUGUGGUGAUCAGGACAUCCUUUUUCCCUUUGACAGCAUCGCGGUUGUGUGCGCAAAAUGCUCCAACGUCCUGCACAGGCACUGUUUUUCCCAAAAGGGUUUCUGCCCUCGAUGUGUUCGGAGAGAGAAAAGAAAGGGAAUCGUUAAAUGAUGGACCUAUACAAUUGAGGCAAGAGGAUAAGCUGACUUCACAACUGCUGCCAUUGGAAAACCACAAACUGAUUUAUUUGAUUAACGGUGCUAUCAACUAGUAAAUAUUGACUUGGCAUUUGAUAUACAGAGAUGAUGGUGAUCAACCCUUGCGAAGAAAAGCCUGAGACAGCAGAAUGUUUUUGAGUGUGCACGUGAGUGUGUAGAUGUCUGUACUUGUUACAGAGAUUAAUAUUUGAGUGAACUGAGUAUUUGGGAAAAAAAGCGCCUAACAUUUACAUUAUUUACUUUAUAUGAGUGAUGAGCUAUCCAAGAGUUGGGAAUGUUUCAGGAAACUUAGUUUUGAGCCUGGAGCCAAAUCAUGAAACUGGGUCAUCCUGGGUCGAGUUUCAUAUACCUGUACCAGGAGUUCAACAACAUUUUUAUUAAUGUAUGUACGGAAAUUCGGUCUAUAAAAUAUUUAAUUUUGAUUUAUUUCUGCCAUGCUCUACUUGUGUCGUCACGAUGUGGUGGAAUCAGGCACUCGUCAAUUUUUCGGCAUGUGAAGUUAUUGAAUUGGUAUCAUCUUAAAGCUUAUUCAUUUGUCUUGUUUUUAAUGAAAAAAUUUGUCAUAUAUAUAUAUCUUGAAUAUGAGUCGAGAUAUCGGCAAUUGAAGGAGGUGGGGGUUGCCCGGUUUCAGAGGAAAACUUGGCGAGAAAAUGCCGCUAAAAUUUGGUGACUUCCAAAGCUUGAGAGUCCUUGGAAAGCACAAAUUUAGAUUUUUUCUGCCUUUGAUCAAUGUUUUCAGUAAAUUCCUCCCUUAAAUGUGUUCUUAAAUGAACAUUAAAGGUGUUAAGACCAAAAACCCCCCCAACAAAAUUCGAAAUUGCCCAACGGAAAUAAAAAUAUAGAUUAAAAUUUUUAAAACAAUUUUGACGAGCGCAUGCUUUCAUCACGGUUCCUCACAUAUUCUUUUUCAAGCAAAAUGUACAUUUUCAUCGUUAACAGUGGCAGUUGAGGCUCUUUGUUCAGCCUAUGUUUUGGUCACCAACCGUAUAAAUGAAAAUAAACUGUGGCAUUCUUUGGCAUU